UUGUUUAAAUCAUCAUCAUCAUCCAUUAACAUAUACAACAUAUUUUAUGCAAUACUAUUGUGACCAAAAUCAUGACCGACGGAUAUUAGUUACCGAUUACCGAAAAUUUUCGACAUUUACAUUGAGAUCGGCACCGAUCGGGUCGUUGCCAGUGUCUAACCGUAGAUGUCAUACAAUGAUUUUGGGGACAGAUAUCAAUAUCAAGGGUUUUAUUAUUACUGUCCAAUCGCUAUCACUAACUAAUAGUAAUAGUGAUAAUAAUAAUAAUGGCUGUGAAGAUCAUAUAGUAAUUGAUAAUCAAUACAAAUGGUGUCAAACAUCGGAUUCAACAAAAAGUUUGACUAAAUUUUUAGACAAUAAUAAUAAUCACUUAACUGUUGAGUUUAAUACCGGUUCAAACAGUACUGCAGAGUUUGAGUUUACAAUAACAGCAUUUAGUGGUGUUUGGAACCAUACCUGUCCUAAACCUGGGGAUACCAUUAGGUGCGAUGGCGGCCAACAACUAUGUAUAUACAAUGGCCUGGAAUGUGAUGGUAGAGCUAACUGUCCCAAUGGUAGCGAUGAACACGACUGUCCUAUUUUGUUAUUAUUAAACAAUACUAACAACAGUGACGAUGAUUAUGAUAAUAAUGAUUUAGUAGACUAUAGUUUAUAUGAUAAUAAUAACCAGUCAAACAUGUCAUCAACUAACAUCUAA